AGUACCUCAGUUAACUAGCUAGCUUAUUGAUCGAAAGCAGCCAAUGAGCCAAGCAGGCACGUACGUACGCUGAUGUCGGGCGCACUUGCACCACCGGAACCGACCGCCGCUGGCGGAUCCGAGGAAGAGAUCACCGUGGAGGUGGCCUCGCCGCGGGUGGAAGGUCAAGUUGAGGAGCCACGGGCGGUAGACACCAGCUGCUUCUCGUGUCCGGUGCUGCUGCUCCCGGCGGCAUCAUCCUUGGCCAAAGGCACCCAAGUGCUGCUCGUCCAGUCGUCCACCGCUGUCGACUCGUCGCCGGCCGGUCUCCAAGCUCUGCUGGUCCCGGCCAACCGCGACAGCACCGACGCGCCGAAAGAGCAGGCGAGGGGGGGCAACACCUGCAGGGCCGCCGGCCCGGGAGCUCCGUGGCUGGCUGAUGGUCCUGGCCACCGUGAUCGCCUCCAUCACUUACGCCCCCGGGCUCAGCCCGCCCGGCGGCAUCCAGGACGGCAACGGGCCCGACAGCCCCAUGACGCCCGUGCUCCACGCCGCGAGCCUUAGUAGGUACACGGCCUUCUACUACAGCAACACCGCCGCCUUCGCGCUGUCGCUCUCCAUCGUCGUGCUGCUGGCGAGCCAGGACCUGCGGAGGUCCUCGUACGUGGCGCUCGACGUGCUGGCGCUGCUCAUUGCCUACAUCGUCGGCUCCACGUUCGGGUUGAAAGAGCUGGGGGUUUGCGCUGGGCUGGUGCUCAUCGUGCCGGUGGCCCUCGUCGUCAUGUCGUCGCGUGUCUGUGGGAGAUACUUCUGGGAUGAACUCUGAUCAGAAGUUUGUACCGUCGUUCACCCCCAUGUAUUAUAGUUUACACUUUUUCUUUCGCGGGGCAUGUAUAUGCUUCCUACGUUAUUUAGCUGAGGAGAUCAGUCACAUGUACUAGAGUACUAUGUCUUGUUUUCUCCGACCUAGAGCACUCUUUUUUCAAUCGUACGAAGAAACUCCGUGAAAAACCCAAGGGUAUGGUUGGUUACAUUGAUUAUUGCUGGUAAACCGUGCCUAGACACAUACUAUUAG